AUGCUUCGGUUGGAGCAAAAAUGGAGAAGCCAACUACCUACACAGAGUGGCGACUCAAAGGGAACCAAGGUUAGUGCAACUGGAGUAUACUCAUCCUCAUCAAACCCAGAAACACCGUUGGCUGACGAACUCGGUGUGGACUCUCCCAUUCGCCCACAAGGAUCAAAGAAGAGCAAGCGAAUAGGUAAGGGAAAAGCACAGAUGUCUGAAGAUUUUAGCGAAAGAAAAUUAUCGGUUGUCAAAAAAUUAUCUCUCAUGGAAGAUAUUAAGAAUGUUAGAGAAAAGGAACUAAUGAAAAGGGAAAAAGAAAGAGAAGAGGAGAAGGAACAUAGAGCAAAGAUGAUGGCAAUCAAAGAGAAGGAGUUACAAAUUCAAGCGGCAAUGAAAGAACAAGAAUUACAAACUCAGAGGUAUAUUAAAGAAAUGGAGAUAAAAGCAAAAGAAAGGGAAAUGGAUAUGCAAAUACUUAAUGCUGACACAUCUACAAUGAGUGAGAAACGACGAGCUCUUCAUGAGAUUGCAUGUGAGAAAAUAAUGGCCAAGUGGUUUACUUAA